AUGCAUUUACUCAACCUUUUCUACUCGGUCCUGCUGGCCGCCACCUUUUGCGACGGCACAAGCGCCCUCCGCUCGGCUCCCAAGGUCAAGCUUUCCAACGUACAAAGCCUGACCCUGCGUAAAGAUCUCAAAACCUCACACCGUCGGGUGUCUCCUCUUCCACAGUGUAUUGGUGGCUCGGCCAAAGGACUUUACGACAUCGAUGUGCUUCGCUGCAAAAACGCCGGCGCUGACUAUGACGAAGAAGCUGUCCAAUGGACAUGCACUGCCUCCCUGCCAGAAGAGUUCAAGCUCGGCUCCACAGACGUGAUCUGCGAAGGCUACGAUUAUCCAGACGAUCCGUACAUACUCAAGGGCUCAUGUGGUGUCGAGUACCGUCUCGUGUUGACUGAUAAAGGGGAAGAAAAAUAUGGCAAGAGGAAAGGCGGCUGGUGGGGUGACGACGACCAUGACAGAGGAAAGGAGGACCACGAGAAAACGAUGGGCGACAGGAUUGUGGGAGCCGUGUUUUGGAUGAUAUUCAUCGGUGUCGCCUUGUGGAUCGUAUACAACGCUUUCCUAGGAUGGGCAAACGGUCCUACCGCUGGUGGUGCAGGUGGUGCUCGUCCCGGUUGGGGAGGUGGAGGAGGCGGAGGAUGGGGAGGCAACGACGAUCCACCACCACCAUAUGACUGGAACCCGGAUUCCCGGUCGUCGCCAUACAACAAACGCUCUUCUUAUGGAGGGACUCAGGGCUGGAGACCGGGAUUUUGGUCGGGAGCUGCCGGAGGUGCAGCAGCUGGUUAUGCCGCGGGAACUUGGGGGAACAACCGACAACAAAACAACAGUGGCUCACGUUGGGGAGGCGGUGGUGGAGGAUGGGGUAACGGGGAAGGCAGUUCAAGGUCUUCCUCGGGUUCGAGCUUCUCGAGCACAAGACAUGAAAGCACAGGCUUUGGGUCUACAUCGAGGAGAUAG